CGUGAGGCAGCGGGGAUGUGGGCGCGGGAGCUGGCGGUGUCGGCGCCGGGGAAGGUGAUCCUGCACGGGGAGCACGCGGUGGUGCUGGGCAAGGUGGCCCUGGCUGUGGCGCUGGAUCUGCGGACGUUUCUCCGUCUGCGGCCCGGUGCUGAGGGCCGGCUGAGCGUCUGCCUGCCCGGCGUCGGCGUCCGGAGGAGCUGGGACACCCCCGGCCUCCGGGCCCUGCGGGGGCGGAUCGCAGCUGACUUUGAUGAGUCCAAGUCCCCCAGCACAGAACAGCUGGAUGCACUGAGGGAGUUUGCUGGAAUUGCUGCUGGAGCUUCCGCUCCAGAAAGCCUUGCUACUCUUGCCUUCCUGUAUAUGUGCCUGGCUAUUUCUGCUAAGUAUGGGGAUGUUCCCAGCGUGGAUAUCGUGGUGUGGUCAGAGCUGCCCACGGGAGCAGGGCUGGGAUCCAGUGCUGCCUAUGCUGUGUGCCUGGCUGCAGCCCUGCUCAUGGUGUGUGGAGCCAUCUCCUGCCCACUGCAGGAGGGAGAAUCCACAGCCAGGUGGACAGAAGAAGAGCUGACACUGAUUAACAGCUGGGCCUUCCGAGGGGAGCAGGUGAUCCAUGGCAAUCCCUCGGGUGUGGAUAAUGCUGUUGGCACCUGGGGUGGAGCCCUGAGAUACCAAGCGGGAAAAAUCACACCAUUAAAGAGGGUGCCCACACUGAGGAUCUUGCUGACCAACACAAAAGUCCCUCGGAGCACCAAGGUCCUCGUGGCUGGUGUAAAGGAGAAGAUCCUGAAGUUCCCUGCCAUAAUGAACCCAGUGCUGGACUCCAUCGAUGCCAUUUCUCAGGAGUGCCAAAAUGUUCUGGAAGCAAUGCCUGCAAAUCCAUCACCAGAGCAUUACCCUGUGCUGGAGGAGUUCUUUGACAUAAACCAACACCACUUAAAUGUGCUUGGAGUGGGCCACCCCUCCCUGGAUAGGCUGUGCCAGGUGACAGCAUCCCACAGCCUGCACAGCAAACUGACUGGGGCUGGUGGAGGUGGCUGUGGCAUCACCCUACUGCCACCAGACACCUCCCCGCUCACCGUGGAAGCAGCCAAGCAAGACUUGUGUGCCUGUGGAUUUGAAUGCUGGGAGACCAAAAUUGGGGCCCCCGGGGUGACCCUGCACUCCUGCUCCUCUCUAAGUGCCCAAGUGCUGCACGUGCUCACCCAGAGCUGA